AUGGCAGUUCUGGCAGUUCUACCGCACUACGAUGGAACGUUCAGUUUCACCUCUUCAAGACUAUACGAAAACAUCAAGCGCGUCUUCCCUACCUACAACAACAAAGAUCCGAAGACUUGGCCAUAUGUUACUCUAUCAACGAUAGAGAAACAUUGUCCGUACCAGGGCUAUCCAGAUCUGCCGACAGGUGUCGCUUACCAACGAGAGGCGAUGAAGCGAUACGAAGAUAUGUACUCCCCCGAAGAGCGGGACGUUGCUGCCUCUGUAAAUGGCUCUUUGCACCGGCGUUUUCCGUUCAAUUACGACAAGCUCGACGAGCCGAAAGAGAAAAUCGGGAUGACUGGAGGAGAGUAUCGGGCAUACAUGGCGACUACCCUGGUUGCGCCGUCUACACCACACACCAUGCGCGAAGAGUGGGAGGAUGACGUCCCAGAUAGUGCAAUUGAUUGUGGCACUCCCCCAGAUUAUCAUGAACAACCGGAGAGCGCAUCUCCAACACUAGGCAUCAGAGCUCUGAAGCGCGUCUCCUGUACAAAGAAGAAGUGUGUGGAGAUCAAACGAGAGGCUGACCGGCUGCGUGGAGAGCUCUUCGACAAAGAGUCUCAGCUUGUGAGCGCGCAGGCGGAUCUCAAAGAGUACGAAGCAACUGAAGGCUUGCGGAGGAGGGCUAUGCACGAUGCCCAGUUCGAGCUGGAGAAAGAGAAACAACGCGCUGAUGAUGCCGAGAAGAAAUGCAUGCUUCGUAUGGAAACCAAUCUCAGGCUACUCCGUCGCUUGAACGAGUUAGAGAUGAAUGCGAAGGAAACGGAGGAGUUGGACGCGUAUUGUGUCCAGUUGGAAGCAGAAAUCGAGGCGUUGAAUAGCGGGCGAGCGACUAAGAAGCGGGGCCGUGAGCAGCUCUCGCUAUCUGAGAUGAUGGGAGAAGGCUUUAACAUGCUAUUUAAGCGGACGCGAUCUGAAAGUACAAAGUGA